AUGCCUAUCCGCGUCCCCAAGCUCCCAAACGCCAAGCGCUCCGAAGUCCUGCUCAUCGGUGCCGCUGGUGUUGGCGUCCUCACACCACUCUACAUGAUCAUGCCAGGCGCCGAGGAGCGCCUCUCCACACAGACCACCAAGUGGGCGCCCCGGUGGGAGAAGAACAUUUCGUACUUUACACCCGGCGUCGAGAAGGGCGUGCAAAGGGUCGAGCCACCAAUCUCAAGGGCUGUCCAGCGCAUGGAUGAGCGACUGCCUCUCGAGAGGAUGGCCAAGAGCGUGCACACGGGGAUUGGGAAGGGCAUCGAGAGGUUUGGAGGCCCAAAGGUGCCUCCGACACCCGCUGUUUGA